ACCACAAACAUACCUGUUUCAGUGUUUACAUGAAAUGUGCAGUAGGUACAUACUCAAAACAUUCUCUAAGUUGAAAUUGGAAUAUUAGUGUGGUUUGAUUUAUUAAGAAGAAAGAAAUAAACCGUAAAUAUGAACAUAUCUAUCGAAAGAAAACGAUCCGAUUGUUCAGCGUUACCCAAAGGCUGGCAAAGAGAGGAAGUAGUUAGAAAAACAGGUCUGUCGGCAGGGAAGGUUGAUGUUUAUUAUUACAGUCCAACAGGUAAAAAGUUUCGCAGUAAGCCAGAGCUUGUUCGUUAUCUCGGUGAUAGUGUGGACCUGUCGUGUUUCGACUUUCAGCAAGGUCAGAUAAACACAAUGUUGCUGUGCAAGGCCAAGAAAGCACGAGCGCAGUUUGACUACAGGGGUGUACGUAAUGAUGCCUCAUUAGUGCCACCAAUUCGUCAAACAGCAUCAAUAUUCAAACAGCCUGUGACGGUCUACAAAACUCAAGACAGUAAAGUUAAAACAGAUCUCAAACAUGGGACACAGGAAAAGCCUAAACAAUUAUUUUGGGAAAAAAGACUAGAGGGAUUGACAGCUUGUGAUGCAAAUGGUGUAAUUGGAACUACGAGUCUACCAAAAUACAUCAAAUCCUUGGGACCAUAUACUUCUGAUGCCACCACUAUCCAGUCAUUGGCUACAGCACUCCAUGUAUCUUCACAACCUAUUACUGGACAAAUAGGAUCGAAACAAGCCAUAAAAGACAAUCCAGGUGUUUUUUUAAACCCAGAACAACCCCUGAUUGCUGCUGUGACCAUCACUAAGGAAGAUGUGCGACGCCAAGAGGAGCGCGUGAAGCGAGCUCGCCAGCGAUUGCGACAAGCUUUAUCGGUGGCCUAGGGCUGCGACGGCGGCGGUGAACCUAGUGUGGAAACCGCUGCCGACCUUUCUAUGUCCGCUAUGCUUCCCGACUCUACACAGGACUCCCCCAAGUCCACAGAGUCUAAUAGAAAUGACUAAAAUGGUUUUUACUUUUUGUAAAACCAUAUUGCAGGAUAUCGAAUUCCACUAAAUAAGAUGUAAUUUCGGAUUGAAUUAAUUGAACUCAAUAGUAAUGUUACAAGACACAAUUUGAUGUUGUCUGAACAGAUGAUAACAAAAACUUCUUGUUAGUCCUCAAUAAGUAACAGGAAGUAGUAAUUAUUGCCUCGUUAUUUGGUUAGAUACCCUGGAUACUGCACCAGGUCCCGAUUUGACUCACAACUGGAGUCUGUAAUCUCUCUAGAUAUGGUAUUUGGUACCUAAGAGUUCUUGUUUUUUUUGGUAUGUGUAUAGAACCCUUGGGGCCUCAAUGCGAGAAAAUAGUGAUUUAGGUCCACUGGGAAUUUCCACAUUUCCUUAUUUAGCUAUAAUUAUGUCAUUUUAAUCAUUUUUAAAAUGCCAACAUUGGUCUCAUAACAGAAUUGCUAUGAAAUAAUAUGGAAACAGUUUUAUAUCAUAAUUAUCUUACUAUCCUAUUUAAUAAGUUUAAGAUUAGAUAUACAAAUCUACUUAUCUUUAGACAUGGCCUAAUUAAUUUAAAGAAAAUAAAUCAGUCUAGCAUCGCAUGGUCACAUUAACAGCAACCACAAUGACAGGCUAUUGAGUAAAAGUCGUACACAGUUUUUACACAUUAAUUUAUUAAAAGGCAAUUGUUGCAAUUAUUGUGUAUUCUAUCACUAUCUGUAAUUGCAAGACAGUUCACAACCAUAAAUUUUUAAAACAGCUUUUAGGUAAAACUUCUAAAUUGCAUGAAAAUAAGCAUAGUCGUAUAUGCAAAGUGUACACAUUUAUACGCGGUGGUGUAAAGAUACCGAUCCCGCAACGGAAACGGAAAUAAACUUGAAAACAUAGAUUUUUUUAAAAAAGAUUGUAUUACGAUGUUUACAUUUUGUGAAUAACCCCUGAUUGCAUAUUCCGCGUGUUUGCCGAUUAUAAUUGUGUUUAUUGACAAAAAAUAUGGCACAAAUUGGGAAAAUUCUAAUGUUUUUCUUACUUGUAGGCUGCAGAAAAAAAAGUAAUAUAAUUAUUAUCUAAUUUAAAAGAUUUUCGGGAUCGGUUCCAGUACACCCUUUAUAGGUGAGAUAUAAGGCGUAAUUGAAAUUCAUUAAAGGUAGAUUUAAAUUUGUACAAAACCUAGUGAUUGCAAUAUUUAAAAUGGACGGCGCGAAAUGACGGACAAGCAGAAUGUCUAAGAUAUUAAACUUUAGUAAUAAAUAUAGUAUUUAAGUCUUGAUAACUAUAUAUUUAGUUUUUUAUGUGUUAAUGUCUUAUUUCUAUCAAUAAAAAUAGUGAAAAUAAAUUAAAUUAUAAUGUUAUUUUUUUUAAGUAUUUCUCACACUAUGACUAGAACAAAUGGCUAAAUUGUCAAGCUUAUGUAAUAGGUCUUAUGAUUAUAAUUUAAAUGGGCAUAGCAUAGCUUAUUAUUGGCAGUCUUACUUGGAUAAUAAUAAUUUUUAAAUACUUUAAUUACUCUACCAUAUCGAGGGGUGAAAGGCUAUUUGGUUUGAGUGACAUUUUUGCAACAUAACAGGAGAGCC